UCAGUAGGUUGUUGCAAGCAAUGGUAGGGAAUGAUGUUUUUGAAAAAAAAAAUACAUUUUUCUCUGUCACCUUGAAUUCUUGAUGAUGAGUUGGAAGAUAUAUCCAUGUGAUCCUUCAUCAAUCACACCACCACAUAAAUCUUCCUUUACCACUCAUUCUACAUUUCAAAGGAUUUCUUGCAUUCCCUGUUAUCUAUAUAUAGAUAUACAUAUUAGUCAUUCUACAACCAACACAAGUCUAAUUAUAAUUCUUUACUCUGAAAGCUUUCAUUUGUUCUGCAAACUCCUCCUUGUGAUCUUUGUUUCUUUUCCAGUUCAUACAACAUCAUGGGUUUCCGCAUGCCUCGUAUUAUUAAUGCCAAGCAAAUUCUUAGGAUUCCUUCUUUGGCAGCUGACCAAGCUGCUUCAACAACUCUAAAUGUCCCUAAAGGCUAUUUUGCAGUUUAUGUUGGAGAGAAUGAAAAGAAGCGAUUUGUGGUUCCAGUAUCAUACUUGAACCAGCCUUCAUUCCAGGACUUACUAAGUCAAGCCGAGGAAGAAUUUGGGUUUGAUCAUCCAAUGGGUGGUCUCACAAUUCCCUGCAGAGAGGACAUUUUCAUCGACCUGACUUCUCGAUUGAGCAGAUCUUAGAGAUUGGAUGCUAUGUCUAUAUGUUAAUACACACAAUUUUGUAAAGCAGGAGUCACCAUUUCCAUGUACAAUUUUCAAUAUUUUUUGUUUAUUUAUUCAUUUUUACGGAAGAGGCUGGAAAAAAUUCACCCUAUUUCAUAACAUUAUAAAUAUUCAUUGAAAUCUUUGUUUAUGUCAAA